UCGACAGCAGCUACCCGCAACGGACAUGGGAGCACCGUCCACCAUGCUGCCAAUCUCUGCCGACAAUUUCGAAGUCCCCCUUGGGUGCAAAAACCUCAGGACAUGCAAUAUCCAAAUGUGCAAUUUUGUGAGAGAAAUCUUGAAUUUUCAUACAGCUACGGAAGAACAUCUUCUAGCUGUUUGCAAUUGCUUGCCCAUGAGAGAGUUGCGGGCGUUCAGCCUGUUGGCUAGAAGCUUUCGCGCUGCCAGCACGCUUGCUUGGAGUGAAGAUGUCAUUGAGAACGAGCGCAUUUUGCUUUCCAUUGCGCAAAAGGAUCAGCCUGAAUUUUUGGCCAAGGCAGUCACAGAUUCUGGCAUUUCCAAGGCGUCCCUGGGAAGAACCCUCUUGCAGGAGCACCUGGAGCACCUGGCGCACCUGGCGGGCCUGGCGGACCGCCCCGUGAGCCUCCCACGCCAACGAGCUACCCAGGGCCUCCACCUGAAAGGCAAAGAAGUGCUGGCCGCCGGAGGCGCCGUCGUUCCAGCUCUCCCUCGCGCUCGCGGCGCCGACAUUGAAGCGGAGUGCUUGACAGGGUCCAAGAUGUGGUGA